ACCUGCGCCUCUCUUCUUCUCUUUCAUUUUUUUUUUCCGGUUUCAGGAAUUAUUCCUCUCCUCCUCUCUCAGAUGCAUUCACCUACAAAACUCUGGCGGACAUCAAAGGAACCCUAGCUUUUCUCCGGUCUUAUAUCGCCUCUAUCGCCGCCGAUCGGUGGUUCGAUUUCAAAUCCAAGAAGAAGAAACGCAGAGGUUCGAUUCGUCGUCGUCUCAGGAUGCUUUGGAUCAUGAGAUUCUCCGGUUUAUUCUCCGCCGCUUUGGUUAUCAUCGUCCUCUCUCCUUCUCUCCAAUCGUUUCCUCCAGCUGAAGCUAUCAGAUCCUCUCAUCUCGACGCUUACCUCCGAUUUCCCUCCUCCGAUCCACCGCCGCAUAGAUUCUCCUUCAGAAAAGCUCCUGUUUUCCGCAAUGCCGCCGAUUGCGCCGCCGCAGAUGUCGAUUCCGGCGUCUGUAACCCUUCCUUGGUCCACGUCGCGAUUACUCUGGAUUUCGAGUACCUACGUGGCUCAAUCGCCGCCGUUCAUUCGAUUCUGAAGCAUUCGUCGUGUCCCGAGAGCGUCUUCUUCCAUUUCCUCGUCUCCGAGACUGACCUAGAAUCCUUGAUUCGUUCGACUUUUCCCGAAUUGAAAUUAAAGGUUUACUUCUUCGAUCCGGAGAUUGUACGGACUCUGAUCUCAACCUCCGUCAGACAAGCGCUUGAGCAGCCGUUGAAUUACGCUCGAAAUUACCUAGCUGAUCUUCUUGAGCCUUGCGUCCGUCGCGUCAUUUACCUAGAUUCCGAUCUAGUCGUCGUCGACGAUAUCGCAAAGCUGUGGAUGACGAAACUGGGAUCGAAAACGAUCGGAGCUCCUGAAUACUGUCACGCGAACUUCACAAAGUAUUUCACACCGGCGUUCUGGUCGGACGAGAGGUUCUCCGGAGCUUUCACGGGGAGAAAACCGUGCUACUUCAACACGGGAGUGAUGGUGAUGGAUCUUGAGAGAUGGAGGCGCGUAGGGUACACGGAGGUGAUAGAGAAAUGGAUGGAGAUUCAGAAGAGUGAUAGGAUUUACGAGCUGGGAUCAUUGCCACCGUUCUUGUUGGUAUUCGCCGGAGAAGUAGCUCCGAUAGAGCAUCGGUGGAACCAGCAUGGACUUGGGGGAGAUAACGUGAGAGGAAGCUGUAGAGAUCUACAUCCCGGUCCGGUUAGCUUGCUUCAUUGGUCCGGUAGUGGUAAACCGUGGUUCCGGUUAGAUUCGAGACGGCCUUGUCCACUUGAUACUCUUUGGGCACCUUAUGAUUUGUAUGGACACUAGUCUCGCUGAUGAUGAUGAUCUCUGUUAUUACAUAUUAUAGUCUCAGCUGGUAAAUUCUCUCAUCUCCUUGACAAAAAAAACAAAAACCAUUAAUUCUUUCUUUCUUCUUUUGAUUUUACCAACUUUUUGUUGGAAUUUGUUUCGUUCCUCUGUAUUCUAUUCGAUUGUUCUGUGCAUGAAAUAAAAAAACUCAAGAAAAAAGAAGAAACAGAAAACCAUAGGAUACAUUCAGAUUUGUUGUACAGACUUUUUACCAUAUGUUUUCUUUUAAUAUAAUUCUGUCAUCUUU